AUGUACGACCUCAACUUGCCCACUCAGUUCGGCCAGGCCACUCUUCGCAUCGCCUUGCCUCCGGCCUCCCUCCUCAAGUUCCCUCCUACCGAACUGCCAGAGACCAUUCCUGCGCCUCAUGUCUCCGAAUUUACUUGGAAGCAGCCCUUCAACAUCCCCAAUGAUCUCUAUACCCAGCUUCUCGACGUGCGCGUCCCCAUCACUAUCGCCUCCGUCUAUGCGAUCUCCGUGGUCGUGAUCAAUCGCAUCAACAAGAGUCGCGGCUAUAAACCUUGGGGAUUCAGCAAUACUCCCCUGUUCAAGCUCUUCGUCAUCCUACACAAUGUAUUCCUCGCCGUCUACUCUGCCUGGACUUUCGCCGGCAUGUUCCAAGCCUUCGGCCACUCCUGGGCGGAUCGCGACCAACCCAAUGGCCUCGCGGGCGUCGUCGAUUCUCUCUGCAAGAUUAAUGGCCCUCGUGGCUACGGCAAUGCCGCCACUUACAGCCCCAUCACCAACCAGUGGUCCAUCCCCAACCCGGCCUAUCAGUUGACCGCUGGUCAGCCCGAUCCCUCGGAUGUCGGUCGUCUCUGGAACGGAGGUCUGGCCUACCUCGGCUGGAUCUUCUACCUGUCCAAGUUCUACGAGGUGAUUGAUACCGCUAUUAUUCUAGCCAAGGGCAAGAAGAGCUCUACUCUGCAAACCUACCACCACGCUGGUGCUAUGAUGUGCAUGUGGGCCGGUAUCCGCUACAUGGCCGCGCCUAUCUGGAUCUUCGCCCUCGUCAACUCGGCUAUUCACGCCAUGAUGUACACCUACUACACCUUCACUGCUCUGCGCAUCCGCGUCCCCGGUGUCAUCAAGCGCAGCUUGACCACCAUGCAGAUCACCCAGUUUGUCCUCGGUACCAACAUGGCCGCCGCCUACCUCUUCGUUCACUACACUAUCCCCUACCCGGCUGGCAGUGCUGCUCUGAGCCACUUGUCCAAGGCGGCUCCCGCUGCCGCUGCUACUGCCGUCGAGGCUGGUGUUAUUCCUUACCUCAAGAAGCUGGCUUUCCGCGCCGCUGGUGCAGAGGGCAUUGCUGAGAAUGUCGGGGGUGCUGUUCCUGCUCCCCAGACCGGAUACACUCAGCAGAUGGUCACCUGUAUGGACACCACCGGUCAGGCAUUUGCCAUUUGGCUCAAUGUUUCCUACCUGCUGCCCCUGACCUACCUCUUUGCUCGCUUCUUCGUGCGCUCCUACCUCAACCGCAAGCCCUCUAAGCAGCCCACUCACAUGGAGGCCGCCGAGAAGGCCGGUAUGGACGCUCUCAAGAGUCUCAGCCGUGAGAUUAAGCGCGCUGCCAUUGAGGGUGAGAACAGCGAAGUUACUACAGAUGACGAAGUUGUCAAGGCCCAGGUCCAGAAGAUUAACGAGGUGAUCUCCGUCGCCCAGGACUCGCCCGUCCGCACUCGCGCCUCUGCCGCCAACAAGGCCAAGGCUACUGCCUCUGACGCAACCAGCCAGUCUACAUCUGACGAGGGCUUCUCUACCGUGCCAGCGAAGAAGGGUGCUAAGAAGCAGGCCAAGACAGAGCAGGCCAGCUCCAAUGUACCCGAAACAAAGGGGCAAAACCCGUUCGGUGUUCUGGACCGUGGCGCUUGA